AUGCCACUACUCCCAAGUAUCUUUCGGGCUGCUCGAAGCGUCCAGACCACCUCUGAGGGCAACUCACCCACCGCUUCGCUGUAUGAGCCAAGAGGGAGCCACACGCCCCAGAGAUCAAAGACGCCAGAAUGGGACAGCUCACCAGCCAAAGUGACAGACUAUGUGUCAGCUACUCGACCGCUGCCUCCAACCCCAGAGACCGGCCCUGCAAAAGCCCAAGCCACGGCUCAAGGACUUGUCAGCCCUGAAAAUAGUAUGAAAACCCCUCCUCGACACCCUAUCCGCUCUUCGCCUCAUCCCUCUCCGACCAAGGUCGCUCUGGACAGACUGAAUCGCCGAGCGGAGCCGUCGCCUUUGAACCCAUCGCGCUCUUCUCCCUCCUCUUCUCCCGCAAGACACCAGCAAUCUCCCAUGAAAACGCCUCCGAGUGUGAGAAGGCGUCCAGCUGAGCUCAAAUUACGAACGUCCAAUCUCACACCACCUCCAGAGUCUCCGACCCCGUCGAAAUCAAAAGUGGCCAAAGUCUUGUGGUUCAUUCCUGAGGAAUCCACCGCUUCAACUCCUACCAACGCUCCAGCCGAGUGUGUCACGUCGACUGGAUCCAGUCCCUUUCACAGUGUGCCGCUGCCUUGGUCGACUGUGCCAGCUUGUACACUGCAAUCCAGCUUCGGGGAUGAAAACUUUGUUCAACUAGUGAAGUAUACCCUGCAGAAUCUCAGUGCGGAAAACAUCCGACUCCUCCCACCUUCCAUCUUAUCCAAUGCUGCUUCUGAGGAUGCUCGGCUUAGGGAGGAGCUGGAGAGGUUGAAGAGUCGAUAUCAAGGGGUGAUUCAACAUCGUGAUCGCGCCGUGGCGGAUAUCGAAAGGCUAGCCGGCGAAGAAGAUCCCAGGAACCUUCUCAAGGCAGUGAGCGGACUGAGAAAACUCAUUCAGAGAUCCGAUCGAAUGUCAAGGCAGAUCUUCAUCUGCAACGACCAGAUCCGACAGAUUGAGAUCCAGGGGGAGGAGCACAUCAUCGGAACUCUUCGAUAUACGCUAGGUCGGGGAGGAGUUCCAGUCUCAGGAUGGGAGCGCCCUGAGAGUGAACCAGUUAGUGAGACGAAAGCAGAUCUCGACCACAUCCCCUCGCCUACCUGGUUGCAGACCGGCAAAUCGGAAUGCGAGCUCAGCAAAUCCCUAUCGACCUCGCGCAGAAUUCAUUUCGAGCCCUUAUUCGAGCACUUGCGUAGCCCUACCAUGAGUGAAUCGCGUCCAGCAUCAGUGUCGACUGUCCUCUCGUUCCAACUUGGUAAUCUUGGCUUCCCACUGCCUCCCAGCAGGGCUCCGGCUGAACAGACAAGCCCUUCCACCUCUGCCGACAGCAGAGAGGCUCAACAGACACCUGACUUGACAGACCUCGCGGCUGAUCUUCUGGACCCCGCGCCGAGAAGACCAAAAGGCCUCAACAAAUCAGCAUCGACCAACAGCAUCCCUACCCUCCUCAAGCAAGAGGACUCAUCCCAAGAGAUUAUCAUAUAUCCUCCUGGCCACAGACGAUCAGAAUCAGCUCCUCUGCUUGGAGCUAUAGAUCUACCGCACACUCCAUGGCUCUCUCAACCUCUGGCGCCAUCUCUGCCCGCCACGCGGCCCCCUCCACUGCGUAGAGUUGAUAACAAUAGUGGACCAACCGAGCCUUUGAGGCUCAAAGUCUCUCGACCCAAGCCUGGAGAGGUCAGUCGGGCUAAGAGCAUGAUGAUUCCGAUAUCAGGUGCGACACCGCCAAAGCGGAGUCGACGAGGGAGAGAUACGCAGCUCGAGACUCCCGAGUCAAUCUUACUGAGCUUGGCGACAGCUGAAUUCUGGACCCAAGGGUUCGACAGCGCCGUGUUGGAGAGACAGGAUUGA